GUUCACGCGGAUGCUGCCAUUCACCGGCCAUCAAAGACCGAGCCGAGCAAUAUCUGUUACUCUGAACGCCAAGGAAGAAACGCAACCCCAUGGCACGCUAUGGAUCCCAGACAAAACGAUAUAUAGCAACGGCAUGUCCCGGCCACUUGGUAGAACCUCUGCUUGGGACAUCACCAUCUCGACCAUCCAUCAAACUUCACAUCCUCCAGAAUGGGCCACGCAAAAGAAGCAAACGCCAAAGCCGUCGGUGCUGAACUGGCGGCUGUACUACCAGACAUUGGCCCCUGGUACAAGCAACCUCACAUCCUCCGCCUCAACCUCUGCAUCGCCUCCCUCAUCAUGUGUGCCUCCGCGAACGGAUACGAUGGUUCCAUGAUGAACGGCCUGCUCGCGCUGCCCCAGUGGCACGCCUUCAUGGAGCAACCGACCGGUGCCUGGCUAGGCUUCGUCAACGCCGCCUACUCUCUCGGCAACGUUCUCGUGUACCCCGUCGCCGCGUGGGUCUGCAACAAGUACGGCCGCAAGAUGGGCAUCUACGUCUCCUGGGUCAGUCUAGCCGCCGGGUCCGUCCUGCAGACCGCAGCACCCAACGACGUCGCCUUUGUCUGCGCCCGCUUCAUCAUCGGCUGUGCCUCGGGAUUCUUCCUCUCGGCACCUUUGUUGAUCUCGGAAAAUGCCUACCCUACGCACCGCGGGUUGGUCUCUGCUCUGUACAAUUGCGGCUGGUACUUUGGUGCGGUUGUGGCCGCCUGGGCGACGUACGGCACCAGAAACCUCGACCACUGGGCGUGGAGACUGCCCUCUCUGUUGCAGGUCACUCUCCCCUUGCUCUCGAUCCCCGGUCUGCUCCUCAUCGGAGAGUCUCCUCGGUGGCUUGUAUCGGUAGACCGAACCGACGAAGCGAGAGCCAUCAUUGCUCGGAACCAUGCUGGCGGCGAUAUCCACUCACCUCUCGUCAACUUUGAGAUGAUGGAAAUCGAAGACACUAUCCGGGCCGAGAAGGAGGCACACUCGGAGACAAAAUGGUCGGAUCUGUGGUCCACUCCUGGAAACCGACACCGUCUCUUCAUCUCCGUCAGCUUGGGUGUCUUUGCACAAUGGUGCGGUGUUGGUGUCGUCAGUUACUAUCUGGCCAUGGUACUUUCCUCUGUCGGUAUUACGUCUGUCGACGACCAAACUCUCAUCUCCGCAUGUAUCCAAAUCUGGAACCUCAUAUGCGCAUCCACCGCCGCUAUCAUGGUCGAUAGGGCCGGCCGACGAGGAUUAUUCUUGGCUUCGGGCACCAUCAUGUUGAUCUCCUUCUCCAUUGUCACCGGCCUCUCCGGCAGCUUCGCCAACACCGGCAACGCCCCAACCGGCACAGCAGUGAUUCCCUUCCUCUUCAUCUUCUACCUCGGCUACGAUAUCGCCCUGACCCCACUAAUGGUCUCCUACCCCGUCGAGAUCUGGCCCUACCGCCUGCGUGCCAAGGGCCUCACGGUAGCCCUCAUGGUGAGCAUCGGCUGUGUCUUCUUCAACACUUUCGUCAACCCCAUCGCCCUUGAGGCCAUCGAAUGGAAGUACUACUUUGUCUUCCUCGCUGUCCUCGUCAUCAUGCUCAUCAGUGUCUGGUUCUGCUACCCCGAGACGAGAGGCCGGACGCUCGAGAAUAUGGCGUACAUCUUUGACGGCGAGUCUGCGGAGGUGGGCACGGGUAAUGCCUCGAGCGCGCUGAAGGAGGCGGAGGCUUCCCAUGUGGAGGUCACGCACAAGAGUAAGAUUGUGGAGAUGGGUGCACAUGCAUAGGUCUAGAUUCAUAUGGGUCUACAUGUACUCUGUACUCCGUACGGAGUAGUGGAAAGUCAGGCGUAGGAAGAAGCUUAGUGCCAAUUGAAAUUUAUUGAAGUUUACCAACGUAAGAUACCAGGCCCAUUUGGAAGUGCUUGCCGGGGAUGUUCAACAUGGCCGGGGUGGUUGUCCACGGAAAGUUUCCAC